AUGUCCGCCGCUGUCGCCUCCGCUGCUGUCGCCUUCGCCACGGCGGUGCACCCCAACCAGGACUUUGCGCUGUCGGCCGCGACUUCCGCCGCGCGCCCGUCUGCUGCCACGGCGGCGGUGUGUCCCUCCGCUGCUGUUGCCGCAUUCGCUGUCGUCGCCGCGCGGUCCGCCGCGGCCGUCGGUCCCAUGCACAGCGCCGCCGCGUCUGGUGCCGUCGUAGAGCAUGCCAGCGCUGCCGUGGAGGCGGACGUCUUACCGUCGAGGUCCGCGAAUUCGCGACAGCGGAUGGACCGUAUCGUACAGAACGCACAGUUUCUCUUUGAUCUAUGGACUUUCCUCGCCCCAAACAUGCCCCAACGACUCUACGAGCUCGUCCUGUCCCGCUCCAAGCAUGCCAGGCUGGAUAUCCCCUUCGACUGGGAGUCGGAAUGGUUAUUUGGACAUGUCCCUCUCUCCCCCGAUCUCACACCUCUCAUCCUUCCCGAAGAAGACGUUCCGAAAACCGGUGACGAUGAUGGCGAGUUAGUUGACGAGUGGAUCGUCCCGAUAACAUUCCUGGUCGGAAGCUGCUAG